CACUGUGGUGAGCAGCGACACGACGCUGACGGAUACGUCAAGGUCAUUCCAUACCUUGUGACCGAGACGAGUACGGCAACGACUAGUACGAGCGGCACCAGCAGCACGACGGUUAGUUCGAGCGUGACCAGCAACACAAUUUCAUCGUCCACCACCUGGACUUCUAGUGCACCGUUGUCUUGCAGUACGUCUCAGACGACCAGCAGUGAGACCUCGAGCAGCACGGUCACAACCCGUACGGCCUCGAGCAUGGACGUCCACAGCCACUUCUACGACGGGCCCCACGUCGGCACGCAGCAGCAGCGUGAGCGGAGUCGAGACGAGCAGCGCAACGACGAGCAGUACGAGUUCGUGUGCGACACAGUCGAGCAGCACCACGCUGGCCAGUACGACGGUGAACAGCGGCGUGACGCUGACGGAAACAACAGGGUCACUCAAUCCCACGCUGAGCGAGGCGCACUCUUCUAUGGCCAGCACGAGCGGCACUAG